AUGAGGCGGCUGUUGCUUAUAUCGCUGCUAGUGACUAUUACUUCCGCUCAGAAGUAUCCUUCAUUGGAAGACCUACGGAACGUUGCGGCAGCUGAGUCGCUGCACACUUGCGGCACAUCUGCACCAGAAUCUUUCUUCUAUCUGACAUCAGACACAACUUCCGAGAUACGCGUGUGCGACUCCACGAACCAGAGUCUUGCUCACGAACCACAUCUCAUGUUGGAUGACGACCCCACGCAUACGUGGUGGCAAUCUCAGAACGGUCUGCAGACGGCGACAUUCACUGUCAACUUCUCACAGCCGUACGAGCUCAUCUACGUCACACUCGUUAUGGCAAACUCUUAUCCUCCGCUAGGAAUGGCGUUUGAGAAAUCCACAGACUUUGGACAGACGUUCGAACCGCUCGACUACAGAGUGCAGUCUUCCGCAAGUUGCAUGGAUAUUUUCAAUGUGUCAGAGCAGUUGCUCGCGAUGAACGCCAACGACGUCCUGUGUUCGAAUUUUCUGACCAACACUAGAAGCGCACAGGUGACCGUGAGGUUGCUCAAACCGGUCAAUGAUAGACCUGGACAACUCAACGUAAAUGGAAAGAUGCUGUUUACUGAAGAACUACUGGACUUUCUUUAUGCAACAAAUCUUCGUGUGACUUUCAAGAACUUCCAGCGUGAGGCUCAGAAUACGAAAGCAACAUAUUUCACUGUAAGGGAUCUUCAAAUUGUUGCUCGAUGCCAUUGUAAUGGCCAUGCCAGCGCGUGUAAUAUCAACCCAAUGACUGGACAACACCAAUGCAUGUGUGAAGACAACACUUGUGGACAAAACUGUGAAACGUGUUGUUCAUUAUUCAACCAGCAACAAUAUCAGAGAUCAGUAUUGAUGCCAUUUAGCUGUGAAGAAUGCAACUGUCACAAUCAUUCAUCAUCAUGUCAGUAUAAUGCGGUGGUAGAUCGUGCUAACAUGAGUCUAAACACAAAUGGAGAACUUUCAGGUGGAGGGGUGUGCCAGGACUGUCAGUCGUCUACAGAGGGGAUCAACUGUGAACUGUGUGACACAUUUUACUAUUUACCUGAUGGUAAUGACAUAAAUAGCCAGUCGCCAUGUCUGCCAUGUGAAUGUGAUCAAAAAGGCAUUCGGAACACAACCGUGCUUGUCAGUGAGUUUGGAGACUGUGUGAAAGAGACCGGAGGUGGAUUUUCUGCGGGUGAUUGCAUCUGCAAAACAAACGUGGGAGGUCGUAAGUGUGACUUGUGCAAACCCAUGUUUUAUAAUUUGUCAUUGGCCAACCCCAGUGGCUGCAGAAGCUGUGAUUGUGAUCCGGCUGGUUCAGAUGGAUUAAAUUGUGAUGACAUGGGUCAAUGUGUCUGCAAGCAAUUUGUAGAGGGGUUGAAAUGUGAUGCAUGCAACGAUGAAUAUUAUAGUUUGGCAGGUAGCAAUCCCGAUGGUUGCUCUGCUUGUAUGUGUGAUGUUGGUGGUGCAGCAGAUGGUGUGUGUGACAAGCAGACUGGUCUCUGCACAUGCAAAAACAACAUUGUGAACAGUCAAGAUAGAACGUGUGGACGCAUGGGGAUUGCUGCAAACUUUUACUUUGAAAUGUUACACUCAAUAAGGUCCGAAGUCGAGGAGCCUGCAACGUCAGAUCAACUUCAACCAUGGGGAUUCAGUUCUGCUGACUUUCCAUCUUUUACAGGUCGAGGAUAUUUGAUCCUUGAAAGCCAGGAGUCAUUCUCAAGAAAAGUUGUCGUGCCAAAACGUAGCAAUUACUUUGUAGUCAUACAUUAUGCUGGAAAUUCAUCUUCUCUGCUGCAUGGAAGCAUUUCUAGAUCAUCUUCAUCGGUUGUGGAGGUCUUGCAUCUUUCAACACAGUCUUGUCAAGCAGAUUGUUAUCAGUCAUCGAAUCGAACAUACAGUUUUGAUGCAGGUGAUGUGUUCAUCAAUUUAACAACAAGUGUACCCAUUCUGAUCGAUUCAGUUGCUUUGAUUCCUGAUGAAUUUGUGAAUCCUACGAUAUUUGCGGCUCCGGUACUGGCAAAUUUUCAAGCACAGUGUGACAUUUUCAGUAACAAUAUUACUUCAUCGUUCUGUCUGGACAGUGCAUUUUCAUUAAGCAUAGACUUUUUUGGUGUUGUCAAACCUUGUAUGUGCAACUCAAUGGGCUCACUGCCGGGACACUGCAAUCCGGACUGUGGACAAUGUCCUUGUAGAAUGGGUGUCGUAGGUCUGACUUGCGAUCGCUGUGCUGCAGGACACUAUGAUCUCUCUGCUGCUGGGUGCAUGCCCUGUGAUUGUGCUAACCCAGCUGCACACUGUAAUGAAACUAGUGGACAAUGUGUUUGCUCACCCAACGCACAUGGUCGACGGUGUAAUCGAUGCAUAGUUGAUACAUUUGGGUUUGAUGCUGUUCUAGGAUGCAAGUUAUGCAAUUGCAAUGCUAUUGGUUCGAGGUCCACUCAAUGUGAUCUUACAACAGGAGUCUGUAGUUGUUUUCCUCAUGUUGUGGGGAUGCAGUGUGACGCAUGUGAAGACGGUUAUACCAACAUGACUUAUGGGCGAGGUUGUGUCCAGUGUGAUUGUAACGAAGCUGGAAGCACCAAUCAACUUUGUGACAAGACUACAGGACAAUGCAAUUGCAAGGCGAAUGUGGAAGGAUUAAAGUGUGAUCAAUGCAGAGCAGACUACUUUUACUUGAGCCACGAGAAUCCGGUUGGCUGUAUUCAAUGCUUUUGCUCUGGCUUAAGCAGCAACUGUUCUAGUGCCAUCGUGUAUAGAGAGACUGAGCAGACUGUGUUUGUUUUGCCACAUGCGAAUCCUUCCAUGGGAUGGCGUGUCAGUAGUGUGGAUGGUAGUGAUCCAACCACAGCUGGCUUUGUGGUCACAAACAUUAUCACUGAUCAAAUGCAACUGCAGGUAUCUCUUGAUCUUUUACUCAUUGCAUAUCCUGUAUAUUGGUUUGCUCCUGACAAGUUUCGUGGCAACAAGCUCUCAUCAUAUGGAGGUGACAUAAGAUACGCAAUUUGGUAUAAUGUAGGAGGUAGUGUUGUUGGAUCCUUGACCAAUGACUCUGACUUGAUUGUGGUUGGAAACGGUCGACAAGCUCACCACUACUUGUCUGCAUUGCCGGUACAAAAUCGUGUGGAAACGAUAUCAGUUCAGAUCAAGGAACAGUCCUUUGUCAAUGAAAAUGGAUCACAGCUAACAAGAGACGAGCUGGAAACAAUUCUUGCUCACAUUGAUUUGCUUCUAAUUCGAGCAACGUAUCACAAUGGCACAAAUGAAGUUGCUCUUAUGAACUUUACUAUGGACAUUUCUAGUUCUAAUAUUGGCGGGGCUCGUGUUGAGACUGUUGAGCAGUGUACAUGUCCUGCUGCGUAUUCUGGCUAUUCCUGUGAGUCGUGUGCUACUGGUUCUACUAGAUUUGGCAGUCUUCCAUCGAGUGAUGCACUACUCGGGACAUGCACAUCGUGUGUAUGUAACAAUCAUGCAGACGCUUGUCAUGAAAUCACAGGAGAAUGCAUUGGGUGCGAGGACAACACAUAUGGUAACUCGUGUGAAUUUUGUGCGUCUGGUUUCUACGGUGAUGCCACACAAGGAACAGAUAAGGACUGUGUCGUAUGUCCCUGUUCAGUUCCAAAAUCAACAUCUACAAAUUGCUUACUUGGGCCUAGCGGUCCUAUUUGUAAUUGCAGCGUUGGCUAUCAAGGUCUGCUUUGUGAUGAAUGUCAACCUAACUACUUUGGCGACCCUCAGUCUUCAGGAGGGGUGUGCACGCAGUGUGGUUGUAAUGGCAACAUUAACACAACUGAUCCAAACAGUUGUAACAGAUCGACAGGAAUGUGUGUCAACUGCCUUUAUAACACAGAAGGACUAUUUUGCGAACGAUGUGCUGUUGGUUACUACGGGGAUGCUCCCAAUCAGAAUUGCCAAGCAUGCAUCUGCGAUCCUGCUGGAUCAGUGAAUUCUGCUUGUAAUCACACUACUGGUGUGUGUGACUGCUUGCCAAAUGUAGAUGGUAAUCAGUGCAAUGUCUGCUUGCCAAAUUUCUGGAACUUGGCAAGUAGAUCAGGCUGUCAGCAUUGUGAUUGUAGUCUUGAUGGUUCAACGAGCCAACAGUGUGAUGUAGUGAGUGGCAAGUGCUCGUGUAACCCUGGAAGAGCAGGAAUGAAAUGUGACAUCUGUGAUCUUGGGCGUUUCAAUGUCUCAGGAGGUUGUAUAGAUUGUGGGUGUCAUGAGAAUGGCUCAUAUAACGGAACUUGCGACAUGACUAGCGGUCAGUGCCACUGCAGACCUGGAGUUACAGGGAGACGCUGUGACACUUGCUUGCCAUACUAUUUUGAUCUGACUGCCGGCUGCCAGCGAUGUGAUGUUUGCAUUCGAGCACUAGAAGAACGUACUGGAGAUCUUGGUACUUUGUUGACGGCAACCGAAGAUAAAGUGAUAGGUUUAGAUCAAUAUGAUGAUAUCGAGUCUUCAUUUGCUGUACUAGAUGUGCUCAUUAAUGGUAACUUGACAAGGAGUAAUACGUUGCUGAAUAUGUUGAGGAUGAUAGAACAAAUUGUAGCUGAAUUAGGGUUAGAGCAAGUGGAAAACCGAGGAACCAAUUUGCAACAAUCAUUGCAAUACAUUUUGUUGUGGGCUAACCGGCUUCUAAUUGAAGCUAAUCGACAGAAUACGGUACUGGGUGGCAAUGCUGCAUCAGCUAAACUACUGAAGAAGACUGUUACAGAUGUUUCUAGCAAUGUGGACAUGAUUACAUCUACAAUUGCAAAAUUAGUGAACCAAGCACAGAGCAUUGUGAACAAAGUGGAAGCCAUAGUCGAUGAAUUGAAGUCACGUGAUCUAAUGUCAGACGUGACGUUUGCCAACACAAGUGCAGUAACUGCACAAACGGCUUUGCAAACAGCUCUGAAUCUAGAGCAGAUGGCUACUGCAUUUGCAGACGAUGUCACUGCUCUCUCAAAGUCACUUGUAGAUAUCAGUCAAACAGCAAAGACAGUGAAUGACAGCAGUCUUUCUGUACUUAACGUAUCAAGGGAGGUUACUUUGCUGGCCAAUGCUGCCAACUCAUUACUUCUGGAAGUACAGAGAUUGGAUAUGAACAUUACAUUUUUGAUUGAACAAGUGGAACGAUCUCUAGAACAAAUCAUGAUCUGGAACAGAGAUGUGGAAGACAUACUGGAAUUGUCGUUGUUCUUGUUUCAGUCUGCCGAAAACAGUAUUAAUGGAACUGGUCAAUCUGUUGAUGAUAGCGAUGGAUCUGUUAAUAGUAGUUCGGGAUCUGUUAGUGGUAGCGGUGACAUGAUGGUGCCAAGUACGUCCAGUCCCAUAAAUGACGGACAAGCUGAGCUAAGCAUGUACAGCAGCAUAAAUGAAGGACUUGCUGAUGUUCCGAGACUACUGUCUGACACGGAAGCAACAAGAAACUAUGUAAAUAUGUCUGUUGACUGGGCAGAGACUCGUGCAGAUGCACUAGAAAGCGAAGCUGCAGCAAAAAGCAGGGUAUUUGAAAGCAUUCGUUCACAGGGUCAAGAAGCGGUGGAUGUUGUACAGAACUAUCGUGACGUGUCCAUUCUUAUCAAUGAGUCACUUGCUUUAGCACUGCAAGCAAAUCGUACAGCUCAAGCCACCUUACUUCGAGUGCAGACAAUGGUCGAGCAAGGACUAGAUCAAAGAGCAGCAGAGUCGCUUAAUGACAGCUCUAAGUUGGUUCAGAAGGCCUUACAACUCAACACGACUGCGAACAAUUUGAAUUCGUUGCUACUGGAUGGUCAGUUACAAACGAAGAGUGCAGGAGACCAGUUGGAAAUUGCACAAAAUACAAACAACAAUGCUACAGCACUGCUCUCUUCUUUGACAGAUUUGUCUGGUCCUUUGGGUCAAACUAACAUAGACAUGACACUUCAAUGUAUUGAAAUGAUCUCCAGUCAGUGUCAGAGCACAGUGACCGUAUUGGAUAGGCGCACAGGUACACAGGAAGCAGCUCUAAAUGAAGCUAAAAAUUCCACUGCAGAAGCAAACGAUAUUCUAAAUGUCGUACUGUCUACGGAAAAGAAUGCUUCAACAGCUAUUACUCAUCUUGAGCAAGAACUGGGUAAACUGCAAACUAUUGUCAAUAAAACAAGUAUACUGCAGGAUGAAAUUAAUGUUACAAUUGGACGUAUGAGAUUGAGUCUGAGUCGUGCAAGGCAAAUCAUAAGCCAAGUUAGAAGUGCUCGUUACUUUACAAAAGACGCUACUGCUGAAUUUGAGAACGUCGGUGUUAGAUCGAAUGUUAGCAGCUUGUCACUGCACUUCCAGUUGGAUCGUACUGAUGGCCUGUUGGUGUACAUUGGUGAAAAGUUGCCUUCAACAAAGCCAAAUUUUAUAUCUCUGGAGAUUGUUUCACGGCGUGUGUGGUUGAGGUAUAAUCUCGGUGGUACAACAGCAACCAUUCGUAACAGUCACAUGAUUGUUGUUGGGCAAUGGUAUCAAGUGCUGGCUCAACGGGUUGGCGAAGUUGCGAAUGUGACAGUAAUUGGACGUGACAAUGUAGUAACUCUGGCACACGGCAGAUCAUCUGCUGGGCAUCAGGAGCUGUCAUUGGAUACACCUGUAGUCGCUGUAGGAGGAAUUGCAGGAGUGUCAAUUAUGAUCUCACCUGAUGUGAUGAAUCAGGAUUAUGUGGGUUGUUUGGAUAACAUUACUAUUGAUGGUAACAUGAUUGAUCUAACUAAUCCAAGCUCAGCAACUCCAGGCAUCACCGUGUGUGAUUGUAACAGAACAAUUCCAUUUGUUCCGACUGAGACACCAACUGGUAGCACAGAACCACCUACUACUGAUAGAGUAACAACAGAUACAGUACUUACAACGACCAAAGCCGCUGUGACAACUGAACCGCCUAGUACUGCUGCACAUACUACUGCUGCAGCAUUUACUGAAACUGCCUCUAUGAAACUGACUGAAGUCGCUACUAAUGAGACAAUAACUGAUGCUGUUACUACAGACAUUCCAACGACUGCAGUAUCUGCCACUGAUGUAAUUACAACUGACAUCUCUACGAGUAAAUCAUCAACAACUCAGUCUGCUACCACUGACAUGCCAACGACUGAAAGUUCUGGUGAAGAUGAAAUUACUACAGAGAGUGCUUCUACUGAAUCAUCAACAACUCAGUCUGCUACCACUGACAUGCCAAUGACUGAGAGUUCUGGUGAAGAUGAAAUUACUACAGAGAGUGCUUCUACUGAAUCAUCAACAACUCAGUCUGCUACCACUGACAUGCCAACGACUGAGAGUUCUGGUGAAGAUGAAAUUACUACAGAGAGUGCUUCUACUGAAUCAUCAACAACUCAGUCUGCUACCACUGACAUGCCAACAACUGAGAGUUCUGGUGAAGGUGAAAUUACUACAGAGAGUGCUUCUACUGAAUCAUCAACAACUCAGUCUGCUACCACUGACAUGCCAACAACUGAGAGUUCUGGUGAAGGUGAAAUUACUACAGAGAGUGCUUCUACUGAAUCAUCAACAACUGAGGCAACUACAACAGACUUGCCAACUAGUCAGGCUACCACAACUCAAGCAUUGACAACAGAGACUAGUAGUACGGAAGCUCCAACAACUGAAGCUUCUGUAGAUGAAAUUACUACAGAGAGUGCGUUGCUAACUACUGAGCCGGCUACUGCUAGAGCAACAACUGUAGCUGUUACUACGGAUGCAACAACAGAUGCUGCUACCACUCGGGCAAUGACAACUGAGCCUUUGACUUCAGCAGCUGUGCCUUCCAGUGAAGCGUCAACAACUGCUGUACCGCCAUCUCCCACUGUUCCUCAGCGAUGUGGCUUUGCAUCGAGCCCAGCCUUUGACGAAAGUGGUAUUAGAACUACUGAGUUGCAGGACAGUUACAUGGCGUACAGCUUAAGUCAAGAUUUCUUUUACAGACGGUUUAAUGUUCGAUUGCAGUUUCAGACGUUUGCCUCCGAGGGCAUUCUCUUGUUUAUCACUGACGACAACCGUAUUGAUUUUAUUGGGCUGGAGAUGCGUGAAGGCAAGCUUCGGUUUGCAUUCAAUUGUGGUGGAGGAAGAGCCGAGGGCACUACAGAUAAUACUUAUAACGAUGGGCAUUUACAUACAGUAAUCUUAGGCAGGUCAGAUAAUAUUGGCUUCAUAAAUGUCGAUUUCAUCAGAGAUUUUAAGAUAGUGGAAGGAGUGAAUGAGUACGUGUCUGUUUCAACUGAUGCAAAUUUCCUAUACGUUGGUGGCACUCCAAAGUCCCAUCCACCAACUGGUUUACUGAUUGAUAGAGAAACGACUCGUCCUAGUUUGCUGGCUUGCUUUCAACAGCUAUCACUGAAGGGUACAGACUAUUUGACUAGCAGCCAAUUGGUGACGACCAGUCUUACUGAUAAAUGUUACAGUGAGCUUGGCUCUGGAGCUUCUUACAAUGGAACUGGAUACUUCUCUUUGUAUGAAGGUGAAAUAACACCAAGCAGUGCUUGGAAGGCAGGGGUUAACUUUGAGAUUGACCUUGAAUUCCAGACAGUCCAGAACUCUGGUUUACUUUUCUACGUUCAGAGUCAGUCAUCGAACAUUGAUGAUCACGUUGAAUUAGAAAUUGUGGAGGGAAAGCUCGAAUUUACAUUUAAUAAUGGAGGACAGAAUGUGACAAUGGAAUGGGAUUCUCCUUAUCCGUUUUACUUGUGUGAUGGCAAGUGGCAUCAAGUUGAGGUGCGAAAGGAAGGCACCAUUGGUCGUCUGACAGUUGAUGGUAUGAGCACAGUAAUGGACAUGAGCACUGGUCGUUUGAGCGGAGUAGAUGCUUUUGCUCCUCUCUAUUUUGGUGGAAUACCAGAUGGUGUGAUGAAGAAAGAUGGACUUCAUGGUGUUGGUUUCGUGGGUUGCUUACGUAACCUUCGCUUGAAAAACAGCAGGACGACUCUGACUCCGUCCUACUGGGAUGCAAGUGCGAAACUAGUCGGCGUUAAUCCACAAGGAUGCCCAGGUUGAUCAGAUGUCCAUGGUUGUUAAUGUACUGGGAUCUUUUGGCAUAGGUUUGUUAGCUGCUGAUCCAAAACUGUCUUAAUCAUUCAGUUAAUUGAGAAGUUACUGUGGUUUUGUUUCUGUCUUGCUUUGAAAAAUAUCUAGCAACAUAUUGCCUCUU